AUGCAAAUAGCGGAAUUUAUCCUAACGGCCGAACAAGGGAGCGAUCUUGGCAAACGCCGUCGCAGUGAUUAUAAAGAGGGAAAAGCCUUUAGCUAUCUCGAUUCACAAUGGCUGAAGGAAGUUUUUUAUCACCCCAUUUCAGACACUCACGAACUUUGCCUCUUGAAGUCGCAAUCAACACCUUCGCAAAGAAUAGGUAACGUACCACACAAGAUUUGGGUUUGCGUGAAAAAGAUAAGUGGCACAGUGGAGGCCGCUUAUUGCACAUGUUUUGCCGGGUAAGAGAUUGAUUUCAUGUGUAUAUAACAGUAUCUGUGGAAGUAUAGUUAUGACUUUUUAUUUUUCCUUCAGUUUGGGAUCCACUUGUAAUCACGUAGCAGCUGUGCUUUUUAAAGUGGAGCAUGCCUGGAAAAGUGGUUUGACACUUGGGAAUUCGCCGACAUCGAAAGAAUGUGCUUGGAACGGCAGGGCAGAAAAACCGCUGAUUGGUUGCCGUUUUCGCGGCAGUUUGUGCUCUCCGCUGACCAUCUUACAACGAAUCAAGUAGUCUACAAAAAAGAGCAAAGUUUGAAGCCAAAUACAUAGUUAACCAUGACUAGUUCGGUGAUUAUGAUCUGAUAUCCCCAAACUAGAACUCAUUGACAGGCGAUGUCAAGAGUUGUAGCGAAAUCAGAUUAGGAAUACACUUUAGGGUGCUUGCUGAAAAUGCGCGGGACAGUGUGUAGUUCAUAGAGACAUUAUACGACCAAUAGCUCUUGAACAAUUUGCAAAAAUAAGAAACAGGUGGAGUAUUUAAGGUUCAAAAUUCGACCAACCAAAAGGCUAAAAGCCAAGAAGCAAAAUAAGAAAUACGUAAAAAAAUCGAACAGAACGUUUUUCUGUGGCUUGCUGUUUUUUGUUUUUGCAUCCCCCUCGCGGUGAAAACACUCGAACGUAAUCGCCGGUGAGAAGCUUCCACAAAUGUACAGCCAAUCUUACCUCUGAGAGGAUCGAUCCUCUUGCACUUAGAAGGUAGACAGCAGCGCUAAAAUAUAUUUCCUUGGACAAGUAAAAAAAGGAAAAGAUUUGUAAACAUCAAACUCUUCGCCUACGGCUUGUGUCCACUUACUGACUGGUAGGCGCCAGCUUCCCGGCCUCAUGCUUUACGCGGGAAAUUAUGAAUGAAACUGGAGACGCCGCUCGUUUUUUCCCGCUUCGAAAAGCUUCAAAAAUGUCAAAAAAUAGUUACCGACCGCUUCACUGUCAAGUUCCGGUCUUUUUGCGUGCGUUUCCGGCGGAAACUUCAGUCCAAAGUUGAUUAAAUAAUGGAAAAUGUUUGUGAACGUGGCUCCAGAUUAAGAAGCGUGUCAGAAAAGUGUUGGGGUGCCACUAAUUACUAUUCGGGAAAAGAGGCUGUUUUACGUGGCUACUCUAGGCCGGUUUGGCUAUGUUUUGGUCAUGCAAAAAAAUUGCAAGUGGAAAGUCAAAGGAGGUGCUGUUUUCCGAGCGAAAAUGCUUGCACGCAAAGGAACAAUUUACUGCCAUGUCCGCAGAGGAUUCUCACCGUAGCAGCAAACCUUGAAAACCACCAAGGAGGUGCAUUUCUUUGCCAAGGCCACCUAAAUCUCGCGGACGAAGCUCCCAUAUUUACCAACCACGCUCUCUACAAACCCCCUACUACGAGAAAGGUAUGUUUCUUUUACACUCAAACAACAGUCAAAAUGUAGAGAAACAGAUCAUACAUUCUUAGUUUUGUUUUAGAAAAUAUUCAUAUUUUGCAUUAAAUUUUGCCCUAUACAUUUGUAGACAAAAUGUACUACUUCAGUCCUAUGUACUACCCCAGAAAAGAAAAUAACUUGGACGGAUGGAACCUCUCAGACCGCCCCUUUGCAGAGUGUUAAUGAGCUAGCAGAGGCAAAACAAUUAAUCACCAAAUUACAGCGCGAAAAUGCAGCAUUAAAAGAAAGAUGCAACAAGCUAGAAGGUAUUGUAUUGACGUACUCUUAAUUUCCACACAUUCAAAACAAAGACGACUAGUUUCAACCUUUAUUAGAAACAUUUUUUUAUUAAUUUUCAGAGCCAACUUUUGAUGAGCAGUUCAAAACGUUCCACAAGUGUCUCACUAAACAUUACAAGGAUGGAGGGCAGCGGCUAUACGACCCUGCAGACAUGGAAAAAUUUGCCAACAAGUGCACCCCUGGAUUGUUCAACCGUGCCUUGUGUCUAGUCAAGAAUGAUGAAAAACAACAGCUUUCUAAGAAAAGACAUGAAAUACUGAGACUGCGAGUUGUGGCACUGCUUCAUCAGCUGUCUUACUUUAGAAACCAAGUGUGUAUAAUAAUAAUAAAAAAUAAAAUAAAUAAUAAUACUAAUAAUGAUAAUGGUAAUGAUAAUGAUAAUAAUAAUAAUAGUAAUAAUAAUAAUAACAGGAACCAUACUUUAGAAAGACACUUAAAUUAAAUUAAACACCAUGGUGUGUAAUAGACACAAGUGUUGCUUGUUUGUUUUCAACAGAAAAACAAUCCCUUACAACAAGACUGUGGGUUGCACUUGUCCUUUCAUGGUGCCAGUGAUGAUGCUUUGACAGCUGGCUCACUUCUGGGGUUUAGCACCCACCCGAGAAGUGUGCUAAAUCAUAAAAAAGGAUUGUCUGGAAAAAGCAUUCACAAGACACAAGCGAUCGUUGAGAGUGCCAUAAAGGUACCUGUAUUUACAUACUGAAACAAUUCAUUAUUAAACAUCUGCCACUGCACAACACCCUGGCCAAAACAAUAAGUUGACACAAGGUGAGGUGGCUGGAUGUAAAGAAGCAGGGGCUAAAUAGACGGCACAAGGACCUUGUAACAAGGAGACAAAAACAACAAAAAUAGAGUGAUUUUAUUUGAACCGUGAAACAGAUAUUAACAAACAGUGCAAAAUAGCGAGAGGUAAACAAAAGAAGACAAUGGAAUUAAUACAUAAUAGUGCGUAGUAUUCUUCUACUUGUUUCAUGGUUUAAGUAAAAUGACUUUAAUUUAUCAGUCCAUAGAUGUACACUGAUCCAGUUAAAAAUUUCCUCCCCAACAGAACAACAACUUCCUCCUGCUCAUUAUAGAUGAUUUUCAUUGUGUCCAGUCUAUAAAAGACCCCAAACAGAGCCAGCUGAGCAAGUGCCUUCACAUGUGUACUGGAGUAGUGGAUCACCAAGAAUCUAUACCGGCAAUGCCAACAACAAGAAAUGUCCACCGGGUUGUACCUGUCCGAAUUGCUGGGGGUGCAAUUGUUAACUGCCGGGGAGGAAUUGAUGCCAACAAACUGAACGAGUUGUUUCAAGAGCAUUUGUCAAAUUAUUUUACAUUCAGUUAUUUAGACUCUCUACCUGCUGAUUUCAGUCAGUUUGACCUGACAAAUGUAAACAAAAGUUUAGUUGAAUUAAGGUAUGAUUUACAACAAAUCAGAAACCUAAAAGUCAAGGUAGUGGUCUAAUAGUCAUUGGGUGCCACAAGCUGGUACAAAAAGAAUAAUAUAACACUUUUAAGUAAUAGAUUUUAGUAAUGUAUUUCAUCCAAACUUUUCAUGCCAUUUAACUCUUUGGCAUAAAUCAAUGCCACAGAAAUUUUACAAUUAACUGGCACCAUAAAUAUCUUUAUUAUAAAUUCCUCCUCAAAAAUGAAAUUGGCAACUCCAAAUGUCAAUAACUAGUUUUACAUACAGCCCAUCAUAAAUUUUUUCCACAUACCACUUUGCAUUGUCUCACAAUGUAGGAAUUUGAAAGGGAAAAUUUAAUAUUGAAUGGAUAAUUGACUUUCAACAAAUGUUGCAUAAGGGUGCCAAAAAAGAGCAUGUACAAUGUUUCAUGAUACAAACAAUAACAAAUACCUUGUAGAGUGUAUACAGAUGAGGCCAGACAUGACUUGGAUUUGCUGUCCAACACUUGGCUAGUUGAUGAAUUUGAACAGUCCCUUAAGAGCAUGGCAAAUUAUAGACAAGCAAUGCAGCACCUCAAUGAAGUUUGCCCAUCACUAAGCGAAUACAUGGAAAAGAACCUACUGCUCUUAGCUGGUGAUUGGCCAACAUGGUACUACAACAAGAAGAUUAUAUGCCAGGUUUGGCUUAACAUUUUUAAAACACUUUUAGCAUAAGGAACAUAAUGAGCAAGGGAUGGCACAAUGGUGAGAGCACUCGCCUCCCACCAAUGUGGCCUGGGUUCAAAUCCCGGCAUCGACGCCAUAUGUGGGUUGAGUUUGUUGUUGGUUCUCUCCUUUGCUCCGAGGGUUUUUUUUUUUCGCUGUGCACUCCGGUUUUCCCCUCUCCUCAAAAACUAACACUGCCAAAUUACAAUUCGACUGAGAAUUAGGUACACAAGGACCACUUUGUGGAUUUGCUACCUCUGAAUCAAUAUAUAUUUAAUAUAAUAUUCACAGUAUAUUUCUGAAGUGAAAUAUUUCAUGCGUAAUGGGCAGUGAAUAUUUUACAACAACUUCUCUGUACUUGGUCAGAUUGAAAAUCUUUGAACAGGUUAAAUUUCAUAGAAGACAUUUACAUAAAAUUCAGGGAAACUGAGCUGGUAGAAAUUUCGUAACUGCUUUGCGUGUGACUUCACGGCUCAUUACGCAUGCAAGAAUGCAGAGAUGAAUCUGAAAUCUACAACUACCAACGGAUUCAACUUUCAAAUAAUAAAUUCAUUAAUGUAAUCUUGGGGGCUAUGCUUGACUUGACUGUAACACAUUACAAAGGAAAAAAAAGUUUCAACCAAAGAUAAAAAUGAGCCACAACACAUACUCAAGGGUAAAUAUUAUUCAAAACUUGGGCAGUCCCACUAAGAGAACUGCAUUUCAGGAGCAACAAAAAGAAACUACAGGUACGUAAACAAAUACACACUGAGAGAGUCCACUCUAGUUAAACAGAAAACAUUUACAUGUCUGUUAUUCUUAAUUACUUAAUAGUAAUUAAUAGUACAUAAAAUUUUAAAGUAAGAAUAAUUAUUUUAUACUUUCAAAUUGAUUAUGAACAUUAGCUAAAAAAAAGUUGCUUACUCUACAGUGGAAACCCGAUGUUGACCCAGACAGAGUAUUGUCAGUGGUGCCAUGGCAGGGGCCCUUCCAUAUCUGUCUGAACUCACAAGAAGAUGUUGUGGCAAAUUUCCGCUGUUUUUUUGAAAAGCUGUACAAACACUUGUUUGGUCAAAGAAAAGUGUUGCCUUCCAAGCCUAAACCACACAGAAUUUCGACUCUCAUCACUACAGCAUUUGGUGGAUGGCUGACUGUAAAAACCGCUGUUCUACCUGCAUUUGGACAAUGUAAAGACCCAGAAUAUGUCCUUCUUGUGUUUCUCCUGGAUGAAUUGGUUCCACUUGUGUUUUACUUUUAUUCAGUUAUCUUUCGAGGUGGUGACCAAAGGAAGUGGGUUGAUGCCAUGAUACGGUUAGCCCUCAUGUUUAUCAUCCAAAGGCGGCGUCACUAUGACAAGGCCACCCUGUGUCAGUUGAGCGACCUUGUACACCAGCAAGAGGCCAUUCCCAACUUCCAGGAGCUACUGGAGCAAUGGCUCAAUGAGCUAACAGAAAAGAAAGUGGAAGUUUUCCAUUCACUUCUUCGAAGGUAACAUAAAUGUACCUAGGAAAUUCAAGUGCAUAAACGGUUUGUCAAACAUUACCCAGUAUAACAGACAGAUCCUAAUAAUGUGCAAUAUUGCCCCAAGGUCAACAUGUUUUUUUAGCAAUGCCACAUAUUUUUUUUACCUGAAAAAUUUAGUGGUAAACCAAUCAAUUCCUCUUAAAACAAGCAGACCACUACUUCAACAAAGUUAUGAUUUAUCAUUAUUUUUAAAGGUAAGGAAUGCAAAGUUCCUAAACGUGGUUUGAAUAAAACUAUUUUUCAUCUGUGUGCUGUUGUUUUAAAUGAAAUUUAGUCGAGGCCACAGCCCUUGAUAUGACUGUCAAUGACAGACAAUGUCAGCGUGCAAAGACAGUCAUGUCCGAUAGCCCACGGCUAGUGGAUUUUGCUAUUGGGCUAGUGAUUCUUGUUCUUAACUUGCCCAACAGGCAAGUGCUGUUUUUUAGGCAAAUUCAAAUUACAGAAGGAUUGGAAUCAAUCCUGCUAAUCAAAAAGGGUUUUACGGCUAGUUGAAAUGACUUGUGGGCUAGUAAAUGCUAGCUACAGCUGCGGCAUCUGUAAAACUGAGUUUCUUUGCACCCUGGAAUGUCAAGGAAAAUAAACUUUUGAAAAAUUCAAAUAAGCCAAAAGUGUUACAUUAAUUUCAGCUAAGUGACUAAGACAUUUCAUUGUCCUUGAAUUGUCAGAUCAGUUCCUCCAAAUGCCACAGCCAGCCAAGUUCAGGCAGCUGCAAAGGCCAUAAGUGCAAACAGAUGUGCAGAAGACUUUUGUACCUGGUUCCUUACCAAUAAUCCAAGAGGCAAAAGUGUCCGGAACCUAAGGGACCUAUCAAACAAAGCAGCUGAGUUUCUUCUUGACUUGUUCAUCUCUGUGAGGCAAAACCUUGGAAACUCUGCAAAAAUACCCAGAGGACAAAAGAAAUAUCAGGUAGAAUCCAAUAUGGCUGUAACAACCCAUUCCAUAACAAAACAAAGCAUUUCCUAUACAAGAUAUACCUGAAACAAACCUUUAUCUUUUUCCAAUGCAGCCUUAUUAUCUACCCUCUCUUGAUGCAACUGUGGACCAAAGAAGCUUCCCCUUAGGGUAUGCCUGGAAGGGUCAAGAACCAGACGCACUGUUGGCUUGUGAUGCAGCAGAUUGCAGAGCAGAUGACAAUCUCCUACUUGCAGAUCAGCGCUUCAACUGUGGCCACACAUUUCACAAAAGUUGUCUUGGUAGUUCCUCAAACUGUAACGAUCAUAACUACUCAAUACUGUAUGGUGUCAAGUGCCCCAUUUGCUCUGAGCAACUUCCUUUAAGAAUCCAAGAACUUGCAGACAGUUUCAACAAAGGUUUACUGGCAGGAAAUGAUGAAACUGACGGAAGCAAUGAUAAUCAUGAUGACGACGACGAUGAUGAUGGAAGUGACAACUCAGAUGAUGAUGACAGUGAUGAUGAUGAUAGCAAACCUGAUACACUAGCAAAUAGAAUACUCAUUAAAGCAAAACAAUCCCUUUUGCAUCUUCCACAAAGUGCUUUAUUUAAGUACAGCAACAAAAAUUCCAAGAAUGUAAACUCCACCGACUCUACUGGAGAAGCAGUAAUUGUUAAUACUAGUAUGGUGUGUGUCACAUGUGGCAGGGUCUGUAAGAGCAAAGGGGGCUUGACUCAGCAUCAGAACACCCACAAAGGGGUAAAUAGUUAAGUGUUUCCCUGAAAUGAGAAUAACAAAACAAUAAUCAUUUCCUUUUUUAGAAGCAAAUCCAAACAAAUAAUACAAGCCCUUUGUUUCAUGUAAAAUACCUUGAAUAGGAAUAGGCAUGAUAACACAGGAGAGAAACCUUAAACAAUGCCUUUGUUGUUGCCUUUGUCUUGCUAUAGGUAUCUCAAAACAAUGCAACUAGCUAGAUAACAAAUAAGUGAUCUUGUGCUUGCAUUUGGAAUUUGGUCCAUACAAUAUUAUAUGAGAUCUUUGCAUUAUAAAAGAUUAACUCAGCCCAAGUACUAUGCCAGUGAGAAAAAUAUAGUGAUAGUCCUGUCGAGAAUACUAAUAAGGGACAAUGUGAUGUACGGGAGUAAGAUAGUGUCUUCAAAAUAUUCGAUGUUAUUUUGAACAUGUAAAUAUAAUAAGAUUUUCACUUCAAAAUACCACAUUGUAUAUGGGCAAGGAUUGUGUAUAACUCUGCUAAUUCUGGAUACAUGUAAGCUUAAAAAUUCAUCCUUAAAAUUUCACCUUUCUUAAAACAACCUAAUUUUGUACAGUAAAAUCAUUCCAAAUCUAUAUCAGUCCAAAAACAAAGUUAUUAACUGUAUAAAUCAGUUGGUAUAAAUUGAUCUAAAGAAAUUACAAAUUGGACAACGCGUACAAAAAAAUAAUUUCGCUUCUAGCGGGACAAUGUAAACAAUUCACACCAAGGAAUUCAUUGAACAGUGUGGAUAUAUCUAACCUAGAAUCAAAAGCCCAUUAAACUUGUAACUCAGGUGCUAUGAAGUGCUAUUUUGUUUGAAAGUUUGGUUACUUUUAGCAAUGGCUUCGCCAACUGUUAGGUGCCGCAUUAUACGCCUGCACGCACCGCACGCUGCACCGCCGCAAUCUCUUGGAGGAUAAAUAGCAUCCAAUGCAAAUUUCGGUUAACUCAUUAACUCUGAAAACGUUCACUAUGUCAAAGACGAAAAAUGUCUUACCUUUAAACUCAGUUGUGUAACUAUAGGAUCACCGAGACUUGUUGCAGGAAAACCAAACAAUCGCGUAGAAGAAAGUUGAUCAAAAAAAGCACAUGGUUUGCUUGGCACGACUCCGUCCGUUUAACGUAAUACAAUCACAAAGAUUACCUCCAAAGCGAAGCAAAACAAAAUGAUACCAUUAUAUACAAGACCUUUCAGUGAUGUAUUUCAACACAGUGCUCUUCAAAUUUCGGCCAAAUAUCUCACAUUCAUGAUCGCUCGAUUGUAGCUCCUUCGGAUCGCUCAUUUUUUUGAACCAACUGCAUCUGCAUAUGGUCAGCGGAAGGCGCAAGCGCAUGGGUAGGUACUUCAUAUAUGAUUAUUAUUAUGUACCUAAACAUAGUUAUUAUAUCUUACUAUAUAUUAUUAUUAUUACACUAUACACACCUAUACCCCUAUACAACACCAUAUACCCCUAUGUACCCCUAUUACACACCAUAUACCCCUAUACAACACUAUAUGCCCCUAUAUACCCCUAUACAAUACCAUAUAUCCCUAUAUACCCCUAUACAACACCAUAUACCCCUAUAUACCCCUAUACAACGCCAUAUACCCCUAUAUACCCCAUACAACACCAUAUACCCCUAUAUACCCCUAUACAACACCAUAUACCCCUAUAUACCCCAUACAACACCAUAUACCCCUAUAUACCCCUAUACAACACCAUAUACCCCUUUAUACCCCUAUUACACACCAUAUACCCCUAUACAACACUAUAUGCCCCUAUAUACCCCUAUACAUCACCAUGUACCUCUAUAUACCCCUAUACAACACCAUAUACCCCUAUAUACCCCUAUACAACACCAUAUACCCCUAUAUACUCCAUACAACACCAUAUACCCCUAUACAACACCAUAUACCCCUAUAUACCCCAUAUAACACCAUAUACCCCUAUAUACCCCUAUACAACACCAUAUACCCCUAUAUACCCCUAUUACACACCAUAUACCCCUAUACAACACUAUAUAUACCCCUAUACAUCACCAUAUACCCCUAUAUACCCCUAUACAACACCAUAUAUCCCUAUAUACCCCUAUACAACACCAUAUACCCCUAUAUACCCCUAUACAACACCAUAUACCCCUAUAUACCCCUAUACAACACCAUAUACCCCUAUAUACCCCUAUACAACGCCAUAUACCCCUAUAUACUCCAUACAACACCAUAUACCCCUAUACAACACCAUAUACCCCUAUAUACCCCAUAAAACACCAUAUACCCCUAUAUACCCCUAUACAACACCAUAUACCCCUAUAUACCCCUAUUACACACCAUAUACCCCUAUACAACACUAUAUGUCCCUAUAUACCCCUAUACAACACUAUAUGUCCCUAUAUACCCCUAUACAUCACCAUAUACCCUAUAUACCUCUAUACAACACCAUAUACCCCUAUACACCCCUAUACACCACCAUAUACCCCUAUACAACACUAUAUGCCCCUAUAUACCCCUAUACAACACCAUAUACCCCUAUAUACCCCUAUACAUCACCAUAUACCCUAUAUACCCCUAUACAACACCAUAUACCCCUAUACAACACUAUAUACCCCUAUAUACCCCUAUACAACACCAUAUACCCCCAUAACAACACCAUAUAUAUAACCCCAUAUAACCCUAUAACACUAUAUAAUAUAUACCCCUAUACCCAUAUAUUAUAUACCCCUAUACAACACCAUAUACCCCCAUAUACCCCUAUACAUCACCAUAUACCCCUAUAUACCCCAUACAACACCAUAUACCCCUAUAUACCCCUAUACAAUACCAUAUACCCCUAUAUACCCCUAUACAACACCAUAUACCCUCAUAUACCCCUAUACAUCUCCAUAAACCUCCAUACAUAACCAUACACCCUUAUACAUCACCAUACAUCCCUAUACAUUCCCAUACACUACUAUACAUCACCAUACACCCCUACACAUUACCAUACAUCCCUAUACAUCACCAUACACCCGUAUACAUCACCAUACAUCCCUAUACAUUACCAUACACCUCCAUACAUAACCAUACACCCUUAUUCAUCACCAUACAUCCCUAUACAUUCCCAUACACUACUAUACAUCACCAUACACCCCUAUACAUCACCAUACAUCCCUAUACAUUACCAUACACCACCCAUACAUAACCAUACACUCCUAUACAUCACCAUACACCCCUAUACAUCACCAUACAUCCCCAUACAUAACUACACACCCCUACAAAUCACCAUACAUCCCUAGAUAUCACCAUACACCCCCAUACAUCACCAUACUCCCCUAUACAUCACCAUACAUCCAUAUACCUCACCGUACACCCCCAUACACCGCUAUACAUCACCAUACACCCCCAUACAUAACCAUACACCCCUAUACAUCACCAUACACCACUAUACACCACCAUACAUCCCCAUACAUCCCCAUACACCUCCAUAACCCAUACAUCCCUAUACAUUCCCAUACACUACUAUACAUCAUCAUACACCCCUACACAUCACUAUACAUCCCUACACAUCACCAUACAUCCCUAUACGUCACCAUACACCCCUAUACAUCACCAUACACCUCUAUAUAUCACCAUACAUCCCUAUACAACACCAUACACCCUCAUACAUAACCAUACACCCCUAUACAUCACCAUACACCCCUAUAGAUCUCCAUAUACCUCCAUACAUAACCAUACACCCUUAUACAUCACCAUACAUCCCUAUACAUCACCAUACACCUCUAUACAUCACCAUACAUCCCUAUACAUCACCAUACACCCCUAUAAAUCACCAUACACCUCCAUACACAACCAUACACCCCUAUACAUCACCAUACAGCUCCAUACGUAACCAUGCACCCCUAUACAACACCAUAUAUUCCUAUACAUCCCCAUACACCCCUAUAAAUCACCAUACUCCCCUACAAAUUCCCAUACACUCCUAUACAUCACUAUACACCACUAUACAUCACCAUACACCCCUAUACAUCACCAUACACCCCUAUACAUCACCAUACACCUCCAUACAUAACCAUACACCCCUAUACAUCACCUUACUCCCCUAUACAUAACCAUACACUCCAUACAUAACCAUACACCCCUAUACAUCACCAUACACCUCUGUACGCGAAGUUCUUGGAAGGAUUAACGUAUGGGUUUUGAAUAACAGUAUCUAUUCCCCGGGGGGGGGGUACUCCCAUAUAUGGGCUAUAUAGGUACGUGCCGCGCAAUAGAGUAUGGUUUUUGAAGUUCUCGGUCCUUAAAUAGGGUAUCUUUCUUGACCCUUUUGUUUCUGUGUCCCUGGUGUGGUCCUUAGAUAGGGUAGGUUAAUUGCAUUAUCUAAUACUGGAGUGGGAAAAUGCGCGCCUAAACGAACGGUUUUGAUUUUGCAACAGAGGUUUAAUAGACGUUAAGCGGGUAAAUACACGUAACGCCUCUUCAAGCCACAUGUUUGUUUUUUCCUUGAAUAGGGUGUCAUUUUUCGGCUUUGGGCCUUAAAAAGGGUACCAGUUUUCUUAGCUUUUUAUUGGAUAAUACCCGACCCGCGAUGCCAAACAAAAACAAAAAUGAACAAAAAAAAUGCUCACACUUUACUAAGGUAUAUUGAAUGUACUUCCUGACUUUCAUGGACAUGCAUUAAACGGCUUAAUUUGGUAGGUCACAUGAACUAUGGCUCGUGGAGUAAUAUAACUAAGUAAAACGUUGCGAAAUAAAUUGCACAAGCUUUGUAGCACUUUGAUCCCGGCUGAACCGUAUAUUACCAAGAUCGAUGCCACCCAGCGACAGUUAGAUGUUCGACAUCAAGGGGACAUAAUGAGAAAUUUAAUCAUUGUUUGUUGCUUAUUCUUUGUUUUGGGAUUUAAAACAAUCAUCUGUGUUCUUCUUGGAAAAGAAGCAGGACAAUAUCUGCGGGAUGUCUUAAGAGAGUUUGAGUGUACACCGCAAAAUGGAAGGUUUGAUCAAAUUGUUGAAGGGCCACACGCUAUGUCAAAAUUAAUACCAAAAUUAUUUAUCUGGUGUCCAAUAAGACAUUACGGUUUGACUAUUUUAUGUCCUGUUCAUGGCUGUCCUCUGAAAGUCGGACAUCUUCCUGACUCCUCCAACACAAGUCCAAGAAACCCAAGAUUGAUUUACGACUUGAACGGAAAUGUUAUUCUGGUGCAGGCGUUCUAUGAAUGCAGUGAAAGUUUGCCAGAAAACGUGAUGAUUGGACAUCGGUAUUUGUCCGCAUCAAACGAUGUGUUAGGCGCUCUCCCUGAAAGUGUUGUUAAGGGAUUUCCUCUUAUAAUGCAGCAGAGAAGCGGUUUUACGCUGCGUCUUUAUGAUUAUUUAAUAACUGGUAUUUAUCAAGGACAAAACUUCAUGGAAUUAUCUGAAGGCAUUGCAUCAAUGAAUUACAGACAGUACAUGCGUAAUAAACCGGACAGCAAAGAGUUAUCUGUAAAGGAGUUUGAGAGUAUUCCUUUCAUUGCCUAUCCAAGCAACGAUAAACUAGUGGAUUUGUUUCUCAUGCAGUUUGAGCGGAACAAAAAACGUUAUGAGAAUAACAUGCAGAAACACACAGGGGAGAUUCUGUCCUGUGACCACACCUUUAGAACGAGUAAACAUAUCGGGGUAACCCGCGAGGACGGCAAGUUUGUAGGCCAGUUUAAAAACGUCUUCUUGGGGGUGAACGAAAACGGAGAAGUUAUGAUAUGGAAGUUUACGAAGACGACUUCUUCGUCCGAAAUUAUCGACUCACUUAAAGAACUGAAAGAGAGGCUUGAUAAGGCAAGCACUAACUUAAAAAUGAUAAUAGUGGAUGACUGUUGCCACGUGAUGCACCUAUAUGGACAAAUAUUCCCGGGGAUAAAGGUUCGGCUAGACUUAUUUCACGCGUGUAUGAGAGUUGUACAAACGGUACCCAAAAGCGAAGAUUACAGUAAACAAUUUGCUAAUGAAUUUUCUUUAAUUUUCCGUCAAAAUGAAGACCUUGGUAACGAGAGAACAAUGAGCACACCUUGUCCUGAUGAAAUAAAAUCAAAUCUUGAACGUCUUCUAUUUGUUUGGAAAGAAAAGCUGAAAACGGACACCCUUCUUCAAAUUGAAAAUUUGCGCAAGCAUAUAAAAAAAGGAUGUCUCUCGGAAAUACCUGUUGGAUGUGGGACUGAAAUAAAUGAGCGACUUCACAGACAUCUUAACCGAUCAUUACUGUGCGGAGUAUCCAAAAUUGGACCUGAGUUGGCGGUAGCGGUAAUGGCGUGUGCUUUGUAUGCAUGGAAUUGCAACGAAGAUUAAAAACAACCCUCAAUAAGAGAACAAUUCCGAUCACGCCAAUUGAAUUAGAGCCUUUAGAGUCUUUAAACCAAGCGACCCCUUAUCUUCAGUCUCACAUGACGGCUGUGGAUUCUACGUCAACGUCAUUACCGGAUUCAAUAUCUGGAACUGUCUCUAAAAAUAGCAGUAAGGCUAGAAGAAUGCCAGGGACAUCAUCCGUUUUCGUCACAGUUAAGACUGUGGAAGAACUGGAAAACGAUUCCGUCUUGAACUACAUUUUGGAACGAGCGCUGCACAUACAAGAAUUUAUCACCAGUUGGACAACAAAAUGUAACAACAAAACAAUAGAUUUGAUUGGUCUUCUCUGGAAGAUAAACUUACCGUCAGCUAACCUUUAUGAACAGGAGUCAAAGUUAAACGUUAUGGAAUUAAAUUUGACCCCACAGCACAAAGAUAACCUGUUAAGAAAUCUCACAGGAUUUAAUCUUCAGUUGGACCCAAUUAACAAAGACGGAAACUGCUUCUUCAGAGCAACAGCCCGGCAGCUACAAAAACACUUGCAACGUUCGGAUUUGCAAAAUCUACAGCAUAUUUCCUCACUGGGGCUUGGAAUCAACGAGGAACGUGACACGGAAAACCUCAGACUACUUUUCGUGCGUGAAGUCACUGAGAAUGUCGAUGAAUACAGGGAGUGGAUGUCCUGUUCGUCAAAUGUACGGGAAAUUGAACGUUUUAAAACUGAUGGCCAUUUCGCAAGUGACAUUGGCGACAUCUGUGCUAAGGCAUGUGCUAAUCUCCUCCGUGUCCCGAUAAUUGUAAUUACAGCUUUGCCUAAUGUCCCAUCCAUUCCAUUUUUACCAAAACAUUUCAUCACUGCUGUACCUAUGUAUCUGGCGUACGACCAUUCAGGUCCAGGGCAUUAUGACGCUACAAAAGGUAAAUAAGCAUGCAUAAGGCAUUAAGACGGAAUCCACCAGGAAAUUGAGUAAUUUAAAUUUUCAUUGUACAAAAAUACCAGAAUAAUUCAAACAACAUCGCAUUCUUUUUUUGAUAUUUUCAAGGGCUAUGGAUGCAAUUAGUUAGCUGUAACACCAAAGAAUGUGAAAAGAAAGUGUCUCAUGAGAGCCAGAGAAAAUAAAUGUCAAAUUUCAGAAAAUGACACCUUACACGUGAAAUUUUCAGAACUUUACCUGUGUUUUCACAAUUCUCGUGAAAUUUGACAUUUAUUUUCUCGGGCUCCCAUCAGAAAUAGUCUUUGGUGUCAUUACAGAUAACUGUUUAUAUAUCCAUAGCCCUUGAAAAAUGUGAAAAAGAAUGCGAUAUUAUUUAAAUUGUUCUGGUACAAGGUUUUUGUUCACUGAAAAUCAAAAUUACUCAAUUUCCCGAUGGAUUCCGUCUUAAGCCUAGUUUAAGUGUAGCACGUUUGCUUGGAUGAUUUUGUUAUUGGCAUUUGUACGUUUUCCUGCCCGUGUAUGUUUAUAAAGGUCUUCUAAAUAAGCAAAUAAAUAUAUAAAGAAAUAAAUAACGAUUUAGAGGUAGCACAUCCACAAAGUGGUUCUUCUUCUACCUGAUUCCUGAUCGAAUUGGGAUUUGGAAAUGCUACCGGCAAAAAAAAACUCUCGGAGCAAAGGAGAGGAAGAACAACAAACUCAACCACAUAUGGCGUCGACGCCGGGAUUUAAAACCGGGCCACACUGGUGGGAGGCGAGCGCUUUCACUACUGCGAGCUACUGCGCCAUCCCAUGCUCUCCGAACUCGUUAUUACCUAUUGGAUUGGCAAUCACUCAAUCAUAAAUAUCAAAGAAGAUACUCUCUUAUUUACAGAUGAAGAAAAAAACGAGUAUCUAUCAUUUGAAACGUGGAUAUCUUAAAAAUCAACUAGUCCAUAGGAUAAUAAUAAUUGUAAUAAUAAUAAUUAAUCAUGAUAAUGAUGAUGAUGAUGAUGAUAACAACGAGGGUUACCAUUCCUUUGAGAGGUCUUACUUACACUGUAUUUUUUCUCUGGUAUGUUUCCAGAAUUUCUGAAUUCGAAUGAUGAAACGGAAGGAAAUGACACUAAAACCAGAUGUACCUGUGGCAAGAAUGUUAAAGACCCUUCCAAAAUGGCUUGCACAUCUUCUAAAUGUCCUUGUAACAGAAAAAGUCAAGCGUGCUCAAGAAAAUGUCGCUGCUUCAAUUGUAAGAACAAAAAUAAUGCUGCCUUUGAGGGAGAGAGGCAAUUAGGCGAAACACGGAAACGCAAACGCGGAUGUACAUGUGGUAAUACCUUAAACAAAGAAGAUAAAGGUCGUGUAUCGUGCAGAGAUGGAAAAAGAAAAAGAAAAUGUCCAUGCGUUGCCGAAGGACUCGGGUGUACCGAGUCAUGCAAAUGUUACAACUGUGCAAAUAUCUUUCAAAUUGGCGGUGUUUCCGCUUCACCAGGCACAGGAAGAAAGAGAAGGAGAGCUACCAUUUCAACCUACAAGAGACAACGAGGAAAAGAGUUUAUGGAAAGACAGAAAGCUCCAGUGACCUCGGGACCUUGGAGACUGCUAGAAACAUUGUGUCUUGUAGUUUGUAAAGAAAUUCUCUUCAUUAGAGAGCUUCCAAGAAAUUCAUCAAACUUUUCAACGCUGUACAACUUUGUUGCAGAAUCGGACAAGGUUAAGGAAAUGUCUUUAACGAUUGAACGAAAAAGUACAGCUCAAGUAGCGGCAAAAAUCGCACAUUUGUCAGAACAUAGUCAUUGUUGAGCUUUUGAACAAGAAAAAGGAACAGGGUUACAAAUUUAACCUCGGGUCAGAGAUCAUAGGCGAAUUGAGGGAAAGGUGCACUGCAUGUUUAAAAAAAUGUGCAUGAGUGUAUAAUCAGGUUUAAAAAAUUUGUGAAGCCGACAGGUUUUACACCUGGUAAUACACAAUUGCGAGUUGCGAGUUGUUUUGAAUGGCUUCAAAUUCUCCGCUAAUUUUAUAGAUGAACUCAUUUUUGCACAAAUAUAUUUAGAUUUGUGGUUAUUAUGGCCUAACAAUUGAACGUAAAGGUUAGCCGUUUUUUUUUUUAUCAGACAUAAAGACACUCAUUUUACAAACAAAAAUUUCUUUGUUUUGUUUUGUUUUUAAUGAAUUAUUAAUGAAUGUCUGAAGUUUAUUUAUGCUGUUGUUGAUUAUAUACUGUGAAAGAGCUUGGCCUAGGAGAUAACUAUCAACCAAUCAGACUGCCCAAAAACACCAAGCCUGAGUGGAUAUAUACUAAAUAAAUUUUAGUUACCGACAAUAAUUGCAAUGUAUUUAGCAAAUAUACCUAUCUGCUAUUUGUGAAUUAGAUUUUCAGUGAAAAGCUCAACAGAGUAUGGUAUCUCCAUCCAGUAAAUAUAAUAAUUCAAUAUCGUUUUUUAUUGAUGAACUUGAAAUUUGAAGGUCAUAUACCAAUAAUGAAAAUGAAUGAAUAGAUGAAUUAAAUAAAUAAUGUUUUCUCUACUGACCUUGGAACUAGUAGCAGAAUUGCGGAGGAACUGCGGAAAUCAGACGCAUUUGCAGUCGCUUCAGUCCAUGUUUAAUCUCACCGCCCCCUCCCCCCCUCCACCCCCCAGUCCCACAACGGCACAAGUCGGCCGGCUUACUCUUCGAACCAAGAACGACGAAAACGAAGCCAACGAGAACGCCCCCAAAACAAUAAGAAUAUGCUUGGAUUAGCAAAACACUACGACUUUACUUUGCCGUUGCGUCACUGCGACGUGAUGUUAGAUUGAGCUUUUUAAGCCACCAUCUUUUUGGAACUUAGGCAAUUAAAGGACUUUUUGCAGACAGCUAUACCACCACGGGGGCAACCAUGCUAUGCCGGCACACCACUAGUGGCGAGCUUUGACAAGAAUUAAUGCUAUAUAUGCUUUGCUGAAUGUAAGGCAUCUAGAAAUAAAAUGGGACAAUGACACACAUAAAAGUACUAUAUAGGGUUGUAUGGUGAUGUAUAAAGACGCGUAUGGGAAUUUAUAGGGUGUAUGGGGACGUAGAGGGGUGUAUGGGGAUAUAUAGGGAUGUAUGGUGUUGUAUAUAUAGGGGUGUAAGGUGAUAUAUAGGGGUGUAAGGUGAUAUAUAGGGGUGUAUGGGAAUAUAUUGGGUGUAUGGGGAUGUAUAGGGAUGUAUGGUGUUGUAUAGGGGUGUAUGGUGAUGUAUAGGGGUGUAUGGGAAAGUAUAGGGGUGUAUGGGGAUGUAUAUGAGUAUAUAGUGUUGUAUAGGGGUAUAUGGCGAUGUAAAGGGGUGUAGGUGAUUUAUGGGGGUGUAUGGUGUUGUAUAUGGGUAUAUAAUGAUGUGCUGGGGUGUAUGGUGAUGUAUAGGAGUACAUGGUGUUGUAUAUGGGUAUAUGGUGUUGUAUAGGGCUAUAUGGCGAUGUACAGGGGUGUAUGGUGAUGUAUAGGGGUGUAUGGUGAUGUAUAGGAGUAUAUGGUGUUGUAUAUGGGUAUAUGGUGAUGUGCUGCGGUGUAUGGUGAUGUAUAGGAGUACAUGGUGUUGUAUAUGGGUAUAUGGUGUUGUAUAGGGGUAUAUGGCGAUGUACAGGGGUGUAUGGUGAUGUAUAGGGGUGUAUGGUGAUGUAUAGGAGUAUAUGGUGUUGUAUAUGGGUAUAUGGUGUUGUAUAGGGGUAUAUGGUGUUGUAUAGGGAUAUAUGGUGAUGUAUAGGGGUGUAUGGUGAUGUAUAGGAGUAUAUGGUGUUGUAUAUGGGUAUAUGGUGUUGUAUAGGGGUAUAUGGUGUUGUAUAGGGAUAUAUGGUGAUGUAUAGGGAUGUAUGGUGAUGUGCUGGGGUGUAUGGUGAUGUAUAGGAGUACAUGGUGUUGUAUAUGGGUAUAUGGUGUUGUAUAGGGGUAUAUAGUGUUGUAUAGGGGUAUAUGGCGAUGUAUAGGGGUGUGUGGUGAUGUAUAGGGGUGUAUGGUGAUGUAUAGGGAUAUAUGGUGAUAUGCUGGGGUGUAUGGUGAUGUAUAGGAGUACAUGGUGUUGUAUAUGGGUAUAUGGUGUUGUAUAGGGGUAUAUAGCGAUGUACAGGGGUGUAUGGUGAUGUAUAGGGGUGUAUGGUGUUGUAUAGGGGUAUAUGGUGUUGUAUAGGGGUAUAUGGUGUUGUAUAGGGGUAUAUGGCGAUGUAUAGGGGUGUAUGGUGAUGUAUGGGGGUGUAUGGUGUUGUAUAGGGGUAUAUGGUGUUGUAUAGGGGUAUAUGGUGUUGUAUAGGGGUAUAUGGUGUUGUAUAGGGGUAUAUGGCGAUGUAAAGGGGUGUAUGGUGAUGUAUGGGGGUAUAUGGUGUUGUAUAUGGGUAUACGGUGUUGUAUAGGGGUAUAUGGUGUUGUAUAGGGGUAUAUGGUGUUGUAUAGGGGUGUAUAGUGUUGUAUAGGGGUAUGUGGGUAUAUGGUGUUGUAUAUGGGUAUAUGGUGUUGUAUAUAGGUAUAUGGCGAUGUAAAGGGGUGUAUGGUGAUGUAUGGGGGUAUAUGGUGUUGUAUAUGGGUAUAUGGUGUUAUAUAGGUGUAUAUGGUGUUGUAUAGGGGUAUAUGGUGUUGUAUAGGGGUGUAUAGUGUUGUAUAUGGGUAUAUGGUGUUGUAUAGGGGUAUAUGGUGUUGUAUAAGAGUGUAUAGUGUUGUAUAUGGGUAUAUGGUGUUGUAUAGGGGUAUAUAGUGUUGUAUAUGGGUAUAUGGUGUUGUAUAUGGGUAUAUGGUGUUGUAUAUGGGUAUAUGGCGAUGUAAAGGGGUGUAUGGUGAUGUAUGGGGGUAUAUGGUGUUGUAUAGGGAUAUAUGGCGAUGUAAAGGGGUGUAUGGUGAUGUACUGGGGUGUAUGGUGUUCUAUAUGGGUAUAUGGUGUGGUAUAGGGGUAUAUGGCGAUGUAACGGGGUGUAUGGUGAUGUAUUGGGGUGUAUGGCGUUCUAUAUGGGUAUAUGGUGUUGUAUAGGGGUAUAUGGUGUGUAAUAGGGGUAUAUAGGGGUAUAUGGUGUUGUAUAGGGGUAUAUGGUGUUGUAUAGGGGUAUAUGGUGUGUAAUAGGGGUAUAUAGGGGUAUAUGGUGUUGUAUAGGGGUAUAUAGGGGUAUAUGGUGUUGUAUGGGGUAUAUAGGGGUAUAUGGUGUUGUAUGGGGUAUAUAGGGGUAUAUUGCGUUGUAUAGGGGUAUAUAGGGGUAUAUGGUGUUGUAUAGGGGUAUAUAGGGAUAUAUGCUAUUGUAUAGGGGUAUAUAGGGGCAUAUAGUGUUGUAUAGGGGUAUAUGGUGUGUAAUAGGGGUAUAUAGAGGUAUAUGGUGUUGUAUAGGGGUAUAUAGGGGUAUAUGGUGUUGUAUAGGGGUAUAGGUGUUUAUAGUAUAAUAAUAAUAAUAUAUAGUAAGAUAUAAUAAUUAUGUUUAGGUACAUAAUAAUAAUCAUAUAUGAAGUACCUACCAGCGCAUGCUCUCGGUGGAAUUUUUUUUAACCAAUCAGCGGUUUUUCUGCCCUGCCUGCUUGGAACAAGUAUGGGGCAAAUAAGAAAGGUGUGGAGCCAAAAAGAAUUAGUGAAAUGAAAUGGAAAAAGCCUCACCACAGCAAGAAGGGUAUGCAAAAUAAUAAUAAGUGUUUUGGUUUAUGUCUGGCUCUUUGCACAAACUGGUGUGACAUGUGGAUACGGGACAAUGGGGCUAAUAGAAAAAAGCAAACAGGAAACAAUACAAAACAGCAAUAAAAGACUAGCUAGAGAAAAUGUGGCCUGCGAGAAAAGGUUCUCUUUGCCUUUAAAAGUGUUAUACAUCACAUGAGGGAUCUUUUAAAAAAGACUUUAACCACCUUUUUAAUUAUAUUCUUCUCACCCUUCUGAAUGUAGUUUGUGUACUUGUUUUAAACAUUUUAGUAGAUCUUGUUGUAUAAUGUAUUUUUCAGGAAAAUCCAAACCAAUAAACCCCGUGACAAGACAGUUGUUUAAAGUUAAAAAGCAGUCAGUCACUACCCCUGAAAAAUAG